GGUGGCUUAUAAGUCAUUGUCCAUCCCCUUAUCCCGGUGUCCCAACCGAGGAGAACACAGGGAGGAGGAAUGAUGGCAGAGAUGCUCCGUCUUGCUCUACUUGCAUGCUCACUCGCUGUGCUUCUCUUCUCUUGCUUCAAGGUGGCAUACUCCCUGUGGUGGAAGCCCAAGGCAUUGGAAAGGCAUUUGAGGCAGCAAGGCAUCAGAGGCAACCCUUACAGGUUCUUUUAUGGGGACCUGAAGGAUGACAUGCACGCCAGAAUUAUAGCCUCGUCCAAGCCAAUGGAUUUGUCCCACCAGUUCGUUCCUCGUGUUGCUCCCCUUUUGCAUAAGAUAGUUCAGAAAUAUGGAAAGAUAUCUGUUGUUUGGAUUGGAACGACACCCAGAGUGAUCAUUCAUGACCCGGAGUUGAUGACGAAAGUGCUACUUGAUCGAAUGCAACAGUUUCGAAAGUCUCGUCUCAACCCUCUUGUAAAGCUUAUAGGCAUGGGGGUGCCUACGCUCGACGGAGAGGAAUGGGCCAGACGGAGAAGGGUCAUCAACCCCGCAUUCCAUCUCGAGAAACUGAAGGAAAUGGCGCCUGCAUUCCUGAAAAGCUGCGUCGAUAUGGUAGAGAGAUGGCGGAACUUAACCAGCCCUGAAGGAUCUUGCGAAGUCGAUGUAUGGAACGAAUUCCAGAAUCUGACAGCGGAUAUCAUAUCUCGAACGGCUUUCGGGAGUAGCUACAAGGAAGGCAAGAAGAUAUUUGAACUACAGAAGGAGCAAGCUGUUCUGGUGAUGGAAGCAGCUCGGGCUCCAUAUGUUCCAGGCUUCAGAUUCGUACCAACCGCGAAGAACAAAAGGAGAAUGCACAUACACAGGGAGAUCAAGAGCAUGUUAAUGGAUAUGAUCAACAAAAAAUUAGACUCUAUUGCGAAGGGCGAAUCCACCGCCGAUGAUUUGCUAGGCUUGCUGGUGCAAUAUAGCAACGACGGGGAUCACGGCAAUUGCAGCAUUACAACUGACGAUGUGAUCGAGGAAUGCAAGCUCUUUUACUUUGCCGGCCAAGAGACGACAUCGGUGCUGUUGACAUGGACAUUGAUUCUUCUGUCCAUUUACCCAACAUGGCAGCAGAGAGCACGAGAAGAAGUUGUGAGCGUCUGCGGCAAGAAUUCGCCUGACUUCGAGUCUACAAGCCGCCUAAAGACUGUAACCAUGAUAUUGCAUGAGGUUUUGAGGUUGUAUCCGCCUGCGACUGGCAUUCUCCGGCGAACCAUCAAGACCACAAAAUUGGGAGGCUUCUCAUUCCCUGCUGGAAUUGAGCUUUUCCUGCCCAUACUCCUCAUCCACCAUGACCGAGAAACAUGGGGGGAAGAUGCAGAAGAGUUCAAACCGGAGAGAUUCUCAGAAGGUGUUUCGAAGGCAUCAAGGACUCCAAAUGCGUUCGUUCCUUUCGGAUGGGGUCCAAGGAUUUGUUUGGGCCAGAGCUUUGCCAUGAUAGAAGCAAAGAUGGCUUUGGCUUGCGUUCUCCAGCAUUUCUCCUUUGAACUGUCACCUUCCUACGCCCAUGCCCCUCACGAUGUCGUCACUCUGCAACCACAGUCUGGAGCUCAACUUAUCCUACAUCAACUCUGAGACCACGGGAUCGCUCUCUUAUAUCAUUAUUAUGUAGUCAUGGGCGGUCGAAUUAGAUAAACUAGUAGAUUUUAUCGACAUCUUAUGCUGAUAUAAAAGUUGUUCUGCCA